GUACAGUAGUAAGCAUAGCCGACUUCAGUAUCAGUUGUUGCGGCGCAUAACGAAGAGCGGUGGCAAAAAGCGGUGGCCUCGUACUUUAGCCUCUCCCCUUUCCCUUGCUUCGCUCCCAUCGCUCAAUCCUUGAUUCGCCCAUACCAUCUCUAAUCGAAGAACCCAAGCGACAGAAGCACUUUUUUGCUUCCAGUUGGUUGAUCGACAACGCAGUGCAAGUCACCUUUUGUUAUAAGAAGAGAUCGAACUAAACAUGCAUAAGGAGAAAGCUCAUCAUAGGGAGACUCAUGGAACGAGCGAUGACAUUGAUGAGGACACACCGGUCAACAAAGUAAAAGGCCCGAAUGUAUUUGAACGAGCCAAGGAAGAGAUUGAAGCUCUUCUGGAGACUAUCCAGUCGAAGGAUGAAGCUAAUCGUGAUUCAUCUGAAAAGAAAGAUGCGGGGAAAGAAGUGAAAGAACCUAAUUCGGGAGAAAAAGCAAAGGAAGGGAGUGAAGGUAGCAUGCUCAAGGGCAAAGCCCAUACGACGGAGACUCAUGGCACAAGCAGUGACGUGGACGAGAACACACCCAUUGAUAAGAUCAAAGGUCCAAAUGUGUUUGAACGAGCGAUGGAAGAGAUCGAGGCCAUUGUAGAAGCGAUUCACCCAAGAAGAAAGGACUGAUUCAAACUUGCAGCCGAAGAAAAGUAGAAUUCGGGGGUUAUCUCCUGCAACAAAAGUUUGAGAAAUCCUGUUCCGUUUUGAAUAAGAAUUAAGAGUACGAAGACCUAAAAAAUCUUUCGCUAGGUUUCUCUCUUUUUUCAUAAAUUCUGAUCUAAAUGCCCAGGGAUAAUGUACUAAAAACUUCUCUUUUCUGUGGAAUGAAAUUGCUGGUUGUUCAUGGAA